AUGACAUCACUUGUUGUCUGCAAGAAAAUCAUCCUCACAGCCUCCAAGGUCUCAGCUCUUCAGAUCAGCCUCACAGCCUCCAGGGACUCAGCUCUUCAGAUCAGCCUCAAAGCCUCCAGGUCUCAGCUCUUCAGAUCAGCCUCACAGCCUCCAGGUCUCAGCUCUUCAAAUCAGCCUCACAGCAUCCAGGGUCUCAGCUCUUCAGAUAAGCCUCACAGCAUCCAGGGUCUCAGCUCUUCAGAUCAGCCUCACAGCCUCCAGGUCUCAGCUCUUCAGAUCAGCCUCACAGCCUCCAGGUCUCAGCUCUUCAGAUCAGCCUCACAGCCUCCAGGUCUCAGCUCUUCAGAUCAGUCUCACAGCCUCCAGGCUCUUAGCACUUCAGAUAAGCCUCACAGCCUCCAGGUCUCAGCUCUUCAGAUCAGCCUCACAGCCUCCAAGCUAUCCCCUCACCCCCGGACCUCUCCCCUGCCCCAGCUAUCCCCUCACCGCCGGACCUCUCCCCCGGCUAUCACCUCAACCCCAGACCUCUCCCCCCCCAGCUAUCCCCUCAACCCCAGACCUUUCUCCCCCCCAGCUAUCCCCUCAACCCCAGACCUCUCCCCCCCCAGCUAUCCCCUCAACCCCAGACCUCUCCCCCCCAGCUAUCCCCUCAACCCUGGACCUCUCCCCCCAGCUAUCCCCUCAACCCCAGACCUCUCCCCCCCAGCUAUCCCCUCAACCCCAGACCUCUCCCCCCCCCCGGCUAUCCCCUCAACCCCAGACCUCUCCCCCCCCAGCUAUCCCCUCAGCCCCAGACCUCUCCCCCCCAGCUAUCCCCUCAACCCUGGACCUCUCCCCCCAGCUAUCCCCUCAACCCCAGACCUCUCCCCCCCAGCUAUCCCCUCAACCCCAGACCUCUCCCCCCCCGGCUAUCCCCUCAACCCCAGACCUCUCCCCCCCAGCUAUCCCCUCAACCCCAGACCUUUCCCCCCCCAGCUAUCCCCUCAACCCCAGACCUCUCCCCCCCAGCUAUCCCCUCAACCCCAGACCUCUCCCCCCCAGCUAUCCCCUCAACCCCAGACCUCUCCCCCCCAGCUAUCCCCUCAACCCCAGACCUCUCCCCCCCAGCUAUCCCCUCAACCCCAGACCUCUCCCCCCCAGCUAUCCCCUCAACCCCAGACCUCUCCCCCCCAGCUAUCCCCUCAACCCCAGACCUCUCCCCCCCCAGCUAUCCCCUCAACCCCAGACCUCUCCCCCCCAGCUAUCCCCUCAACCCCAGACCUCACCCCCCCAGCUAUCCCCUCAACCCCAGACCUCUCCCCCCCAGCUAUCCCCUCAACCCCAGACCUCUCCCCCCCCAGCUAUCCCCUCAACCCCAGACCUUUCCCCCCCAGCUAUCCCCUCAACCCCAGACCUCUCCCCCCCAGCUAUCCCCUCAACCCCAGACCUCUCCCCCCCAGCUAUCACCUCAACCCCAGACCUCUCCCCCCCAGCUAUCCCCUCAACCCCAGACCUCUCCCCCCCAGCUAUCCCCUCAACCCCAGACCUCUCCCCCCCGGCUAUCCCCUCAACCCCAGACCUCUCCCCCCCCAGCUAUCCCCUCAACCCCAGACCUCUCCCCCCCAGCUAUCCCCUCAACCCCAGACCUCUCCCCCCCCAGCUAUCCCCUCAACCCCAGACCUCUCCCCCCCGGCUAUCCCCUCAACCCCAGACCUCUCCCCCCCCGGCUAUCCCCUCAACCCCAGACCUCUCCCCCCCAGCUAUCCCCUCAACCCCAGACCUCUCCCCCCCAGCUAUCCCCUCAACCCCAGACCUCUCCCCCCCCAGCUAUCCCCUCAACCCCAGACCUCUCCCCCCCAGCUAUCCCCUCAACCCCAGACCUCUCCCCCCCCCAGCUAUCCCCUCAACCCCAGACCUCUCCCCCCCAGCUAUCCCCUCAACCCCAGACCUCUCCCCCCCCAGCUAUCCCCUCAACCCCAGACCUCUCCCCCCCAGCUAUCCCCUCAACCCUGGACCUCUCCCCCCCAGCUAUCCCCUCAACCCCAGACCUCUCCCCCCCAGCUAUCCCCUCAACCCCAGACCUCUCCCCCCCAGCUAUCCCCUCAACCCCAGACCUCACCCUCCCAGCUAUCCCCUCAACCCCAGACCUUCCCCCCGGCUAUCCCCUCAACCCCAGACCUCUCCCCCCCCAGCUAUCCCCUCAACCCCAGACCUCUCCCCCCCCAGCUAUCCCCUCAACCCCAGACCUUCCCCCCCGGCUAUCCCCUCAAACCUGGACCUUUCCCCCCCCCCGGCUAG